AUGACGGGCUCCGAACCAUUCCCUCUCCUCAACACCGCCAACGACCAGCACUCGUCUUCACGAGACACCAAUGGAAGCGCUGUACGCCGGAGGAAGUCUAGCCAGCUCGGCGAGCUGCGCGGCGACACUGGCGCUCCCUCCUUGGGCACCUCCUUUGCUCACAUGCACGCCGUCAGUGGCCAGCAGGCCAGGAAAUCCGACUCCAGAGACGGCAUCGCCGGCUCCUCGAAACGCCAGUCCAAGCGGCGCAAGGCACGCAGCUUGGCGCAGAGGGCCACCAACUAUGCCAUCAAGCACACCUGUGUCCUGCCCGCCGUCCUGAUCGCCAUCUUCCUGAGCCUGUACGCCAUCAACCCCUCAGAGUCAAACCCGAUCCACCGCUUCAUCUUCCUCAGCUACAAGUUGCCCCUUGCCGCCGACGCCGACGAGGGCACCCCUGCCCAGUAUGGGAAGGGCCUCUGGGACAUCGCCUUUGUCUCCUUCUACAUCAUCGUCCUGUCCUUCACCCGCGAGUUCAUCAUGCAGGAGAUGCUCCGGCCCCUGGCCCGCUAUGGCGGCAUCAACAACAAGGGCAAGCAGGCCCGCUUCAUGGAGCAGAUGUACACCGCCGUCUACUUCGCCUUCACCGGCCCCUGGGGCAUGUAUGUCAUGAGCCGCACCCCGGUCUGGUACUUCAACACCGCCGGCAUGUACGCCAACUUCCCUCACAAGACCCACGAGGCCAUCUUUAAGUUCUACUACCUGUUCCAGGCCGCAUACUGGGCCCAGCAGGCCAUCGUCCUCGUCCUGGGCAUGGAGAAGCCGCGCAAGGACUACAAGGAGCUUGUCGGCCACCACAUCGUCAGCCUGGCCCUCAUUGGCCUCAGCUACCGCUUCCACUUCACCUACAUGGGACUGGCCGUCUACAUCACCCAUGAUAUCAGCGACUUUUUCCUCGCCACCUCAAAGUCCCUCAACUACAUCGACCACCCCCUUGUGGCGCCCUACUUCGGGCUCUUCAUGUGCAUGUGGAUCUACCUGCGUCACUACCUUAACCUACGCAUCCUCUGGUCCAUCUUCACCGAGUUCCAGACCAUCGGCCCAUUCGAGCUCGACUGGGCUGAGGAGCAGUACAAGUGCUGGAUCAGCCAGUACAUCAGCUUCAGCCUGCUGGCAGCCCUCCAGGCCCUCAAUCUCUUCUGGCUGUUCUUCAUCAUUCGCAUCGCCUACCGCGUUGUCUUCCUUGAUAUCGUCGCCGACGACCGCAGCGAAGACGAGGAGGACGAGCCCAACACCCUGGACGAGAACGAGAAGGCUCCUCUUCUCGCCAACGGCAACGGCCACGCUCUCAAUGGCAUAGCCGAGGUUGCCGUCGAGGCUAACGGCACCCCCAAGAAGAGGUGA